AUGCGGGAUUGUAUGAAUGGAAUAACCGCGCAUCGGUUCAGGCAUGUGUGUAAAAUCGGCAGAACCGAGCAGAAUGAAUCGCCUGAAUCAUCCGAACAUCAAUUAAUGAUCCGAAUCGCCCGAGUUAAUGAUCCGAAUCACGGCGCAUCGCGAUCCCGAUCAUCCGACGGAGCUCCAGCACGCGAGUCCGGUCCGAUCCCGCAGGAAGGAGUGAUAAACUCUUUAUUAUACAGAACCAGAACAGAACCCAGAACAAACCAUCCGGAAGCAGAUGAAGAGGCUCUUACCGACACGCUGCGGCGGAAGGAAAAAAACGGCUGUGGAUUCAAGCGAUCCUGGAUUCUGGCGGAAAACAGUCGAGUAAGUCACAUCUGUUUUGGCAUGAAGUCAGCAGAGCAGAUGAGACAACAAGCUCAUAUCUGCAGGGAACCAGCGAGAAGGGGACAGACCGUGUGUGAGACCUGCGGGAAGAACCUGGCCGACUGUCUCGGUCACUACGGGUAUCUGGACCUGGAGCUGCCCUGCUUUCACGUCGGAUACUUCAAAGCCAUUAUUGGGAUCCUGCAGCCUGCCCAGAAGCGCGGCCUCAAGAAGAAGAUCUCCGACAAAUGCAGGAAGAAGACCACGUGUGUGCACUGCAGCGCAUUUAACGGACCUGUGAAGAAAUGUGGCCUGCUGAAGAUCAUUCAUGAGAAGUACAAGACCACAAAGAAGGUCGUCGAUCCCAUCGUGUCAGAUUUCCUCCAGUCCUUUGAUAUCGCCAUCGAGCACAAUAAAGAAGUGGAGUCACUCCUGACCAGAGCACAGGUCAGUCUCAAUCCUCUGGUCGCGUUGAAUCUUUUCCGGAGGAUUCGAACGAGGAACGUUCCUCUUCUGCUGAUGAAUCCCGAAUCUGGGAAACCCCGCACCUCAUUCCUGACACGUCUGUUAGUGCCGCCCCUCUGCAUCCGGCCCUCCGUCGUCAGCGACCUCAAGUCAGGCACCAACGAGGAUGAUCUGACCAUGAAGUUGACGGAAAUCAUCUUCCUCAAUGAUGUCAUCAAGAAGCACCGCAUGACAGGAGCGAAAACGCAUAUGAUCAUGGAGGACUGGGACUUCCUGCAGCUCCAGUGCGCUCUCUACAUCAACAGUGAGCUGUCGGGCAUCCCGCUCAAUAUGGCACCCAAGAAAUGUAGGAGCGGCUUCUUGGUGAGAAUGAUGGGGGUUUCAGGGCGGUUUCGUGGUAACCUGUCUGGAAAGAGAGUGGAUUUCUCAGGCAGAACGGUCAUCUCUCCCGACCCGAACCUGAGGAUCGAUGAGGUCGCUGUACCGGUGCACGUCGCCAAAAUCCUCACCUACCCGUGGAAUAAAGCCAACAUUGAGCUGAUGAGGAAGCUGGUGCGUAACGGUCCGGAUCUUCACCCGGGAGCUAAUUUCAUUCAGCAGAGACACAUGCAGAUGAAGAGGUUUCUGAAGUACGGUAAUCGGGAGAAGAUGGCUCAGGAGCUGAAGUACGGUGACGUGGUUGAGAGACACAUGAUUGAUGGAGACAUCGUUCUGUUCAACCGGCAGCCGUCUCUGCACAAACUCAGCAUCAUGGCUCACAUCGCGUGUGUGAAACCUCAUCGGACGUUUCGUUUUAACGAGUGUGUUUGCACGCCGUACAACGCUGACUUUGACGGAGACGAGAUGAACCUCCACCUGCCGCAGACGGAGGAGGCCAAAGCUGAAGCGCUCGUGCUCAUGGGGACGAAGGCUAAUCUGGUCACUCCGAGAAACGGAGAGCCGCUGAUCGCAGCCAUCCAGGACUUCCUCACAGGUGCGUAUCUGCUCACGCUCAAGGACACGUUCUUCGACCGAACCAAAGCCUGUCAGAUCGUGGCCUCCAUCCUGGUGGGAAAAGACGAGAGAAUCAAGAUCUCCCUCCCGCCGCCUGCGAUUCUGAAGCCGAUCCGGCUGUGGACGGGGAAGCAGAUCUUCAGUCUCAUACUCAAGCCCAGUAGAAGCUGUCCGGUGAAGGCCAACCUGCGCACCAAAGGCAAACAGUACUGCGGGAAAGGAGAGGAUCUGUGUCACAAUGAUUCCUUUGUGGUGAUCCAGAACAGUGAGCUGAUGUGUGGCAGUAUGGAUAAAGGAACUCUGGGAUCCGGAUCCAAGAAUAAUAUCUUCUACAUCCUGCUGCGAGACUGGGGUCAACAGGAGGCCGCGGAUGCCAUGUCACGCCUCGCCCGUCUGACUCCCGUUUACCUCUGUGAGUGUGGUUUCUCCAUUGGGAUCGGAGACGUGACGCCUGGACAGGGACUCUUGAAGGCCAAACAGGAACUACUGGACGCUGGCUAUAAGAAAUGUGACGAGUAUAUCGAAGCCCUGAAGACGGGCAGGUUACAGCAGCAGCCGGGCUGCACCGCAGAGGAAACGCUGGAGGCGUUGAUCCUGAAGGAGCUGUCCGUCAUCAGAGAUCACGCUGGCAGUGCGUGUUUUUUGGGAGAACUGGACAAAAGCAACAGUCCACUGAUCAUGGCUCUGUGUGGAUCCAAAGGUUCAUUCAUCAACAUCUCACAGAUGAUCGCGUGCGUUGGGCAGCAGGCCAUCAGCGGCUCUCGUGUCCCCGACGGCUUUGAGAACCGUUCGCUGCCUCACUUCCAAAAACACUCCAAACUCCCUGCUGCGAAGGGCUUUGUGGCAGACAGCUUUUAUUCUGGUUUGACCCCCACUGAGUUCUUCUUCCACACUAUGGCUGGUAGGGAAGGUCUGGUCGACACGGCCGUGAAAACAGCGGAGACCGGGUACAUGCAGAGGCGUCUGGUGAAGUCUCUGGAGGACUUGUGCUCUCAGUACGAUCUGACGGUGCGCAGCUCCACCGGUGACAUCAUACAGUUCAUCUACGGCGGAGACGGACUCGACCCCGCGGCCAUGGAGGGAAAAGACGAACCGCUGGAGUUCAGAAGAGUCCUUGACAACAUCAGAGCGGUGCACAGCUGUCCAGGUGAGCCUGCGCUGAGCAGAAACGAGCUGAUCUUGACCUCCGACUCCAUCAUGAAGAGAAAAGACUUCCUGUGCUGUAAAGACACGUUCCUGGAGGAAAUCAGAAAGUUCAUUAAAACGGUUUCGGAGAAAAUAAAAAAGACACGCGACAAGUACGGCAUCAACGAUAACGGAACAACAGAGCCUAAAGUUCUGUACCAGUUGGACAGAAUCACUCCGACCCAGCUGGAGAAGUUUCUAGAAACCUGCAGGGACAAAUAUAUGAGGGCGCAGAUGGAGCCGGGUUCUGCCGUCGGGGCGCUGUGUGCUCAGAGCAUCGGGGAGCCGGGGACUCAGAUGACCCUCAAGACGUUUCACUUCGCUGGAGUCGCUUCCAUGAACAUCACUCUGGGAGUCCCGAGAAUCAAAGAGAUCAUCAAUGCGUCCAAAAACAUCAGUACGCCCAUCAUAAGUGCCAACCUGGAUGCCGAUGAUGACCCAGACUUCGCUCGGCUGGUGAAAGGACGCAUUGAGAAGACUCUACUGGGAGAGAUCUCCGAGUACAUCGAGGAGGUUUUCCUGCCUGAUGAUUGUUUCAUCCUGGUGAAGCUGUCGCUGGAGAGGAUUCGUCUCCUGAGGUUGGAGGUGAACGCAGAGACGGUGCGUUACUCCAUCUGUACGUCAAAGCUGCGGGUUAAGCCGGGCGAUAUCGCGGUUCACGGAGAGGCCGUGGUCUGUGUGACUCCACGAGAAAACAGCAAGAGCUCCAUGUAUUAUGUCCUGCAGUCGCUCAAACAGCUGCUUCCUAAGGUGGUGGUCAAGCCGGGCAUCCCUGAGGUGGCGCGUGCCGUCAUUCACAUCGAUGAACAGAGCGGCAAACAGAAGUUCAAACUGCUGGUGGAGGGAGAUAAUCUCAGGGCUGUCAUGGCAACACACGGCGUCAACGGCAACAGAACAACAUCCAACAACACAUACGAGGUUGAGAGGACUUUAGGCAUCGAAGCGGCGAGGUCCACCAUCAUUAACGAGAUCCAGUACAAAACCAGCUGGUAUGGUACCAUGGUAAACCACGGUAUGAGCAUCGACCGCAGACACGUCAUGCUGCUGGCGGAUCUCAUGUCCUAUAAGGGUGAGAUUCUGGGCAUCACCCGCUUCGGUCUGGCCAAGAUGAAGGAGAGCGUUCUCAUGCUGGCGUCCUUCGAGAAGACGGCCGAUCAUCUGUUUGACGCGUGCUAGUAUUUCGGACAGAAGGACUCAGGUUCUGCGAUACUUGCUCAAGUAGAUAAUCCUGACAAUAACCAGACAAACGGCCGCAUCACGAAGUGA